AUGGCGUCCCGGAGGCGGCGUGUUGGGCGAUCAGGGGAAGAAGGGAGGAGGGAGCUCCAUUCAGAGCAUGCUGUUCGCGGCAGGGUGAAGCCGCAGCUGGAUGAAGAGCCUCGAUGCCAGCGCCCGCUCGAAGGUGUGAUCCCGUGGCCGUGGACGAUGACCGGGUCGAACAUGAGAGAGGACGAAAUCGGGCAGAUAAAACUCAUGGGGAUGUUCGAAGAGGACGAAGGAAUCGAAAGAGGAGAAGGGGGAGCAGCGCCCGAAGAAGAAGAAGACGACGAUGAAGUGCGGCCGAAGGAGAAUUUCCACCGGGACCUCGAAGAAGAAAUCGGCAUAUUUUCACAAAGCGAGACGGGGAAGGGCACAGAAGCGUUCCCGGAUUUAGGAGAGCACUGCAACCACGACGACUGCAAUCAGCUCGAUUUCCUCCCCUUCACAUGCGAUGGUUGUCACAAGGUUUUCUGCCUUGAGCACAGGACAUACAGAGAUCAUGGCUGCCCAAACUCAGAACACAACAGCAGGAUGAUAGUACUUUGCGAGAUCUGCUCUGUGUCAAUAGAGAAGAAGGCGGACGAACAAGACCGAGUAAUCUUAGACAGACAUCUAAAAUCAGGGGACUGUGACCCUACAAAGAAAAAAACCAAGAACAAAUGCCCUGUUCGCCGCUGCAAAGAGCUUCUCACAUUCUCCAACACAAGCACCUGCAAGAACUGCGGCAUCGGAGUUUGUUUAAAGCACAGAUUCCCAUCUGAUCAUGGAUGCAAACUGAAGAGCUUCAAGCAUCAGCACCCACUUCUAUCGUCAAUAGCAAGAAAGGAAACAAAUUGUAGAAACACGAAGCAAAAGAUGCCCACUUCGCCUCCAACCAUUGAAGCUUGUUGACAUUAUAGCUCUUUCUUG